UAAUAAAAUAACGAAGGAACAUGUUUGUUUUUAAGUGUCAUUGCUUCUGCUCUUACUCCAUCGUGCCACGUUUGUGAUACGGUGUGGUGUGUUCAGGGCAGACGUACUUCCUUGGACACUAUCAAUGUUUUCCUCCUUCAGGCGGUGGUACAGAUGGUUUGGAACAUGCCUUGGAUUAUUGACCAAUCACAGAUCUUUGCUUGUGUGGUCUUGGUCUGCACACAGAGAGAGUUUAAUCAGAUCUUUUCCAGAUGUUCCGUACCUGUGUGGUGUUAAGUUCACAUGGCAUUAGCUGUGAAAAACUUUACUUUAACUUAAUGUGUUUUGCUAAAAGGUAUGUCAUGGUUUUCUGUGUCGACGUCUUUAUUUUCUCUCUCUCUUGGACAGAACUGUCUGUCAUCUUUUUUGCGUUUUUGCACAAUAGAACGUGAUUAAAGGAGAAUCACGUUUAUCUUAGCGAUGACAAAUAUGAUUAAUCCACAGUCACGAUUUGGCAGAUGUUUUAAUACCGAUGUUCCUCCUGAUGUAACUCUCCCCAUUAAUCUGGGCUGGAGAGAAUCCAGCGACACUUCACGUCUACAUUUGUGUGGCUCUAACAGAUCAGACUACUUCCAGAUGUUGCCUCUUGGUAUUUUAUGUGAGAAAUUUUGAUCUUUUGAUCUGAGGUUACUCGUAGCGAUGACAAGCACAAUGUAAGAUCGUGAGUAACUGCAGAAAUCGUUUAAAUAAGCACGAGCAGCAGGAUCAAUCAACAAUUCCAAAAUACACAAAAUAAUGUUAGACAAAAGCAUGAUUUUUUUUGAGUGUCUGGAAAAAUCCUGGCCCUCGGACAAGUAUAGUAUCAAUCUUAUAUCAGGCAAAAAAAAGAAAAUCACAAUUCAACCCAUGGUUCUGAGGGAGGUUACUGUACGUACAACAGUUUAUUUAACCCUUUUCUCCGUCUCCAGACUUUAUGUUGAACUUUGUUGACCUGGUAGAGUAUGGUCUUUCUUAACUGAAUGCAUUCCUAGGCUAAGCUGAAGGUUGAGGCCCUGCCUGGUACAGCCAUGAAUCACGGGUCAACACAAGCUUAUUGGUAUGAGAAUGUUGGUUGUGGCCACGCCCACCUACAUUUUGUGGUUUGUGCCACAGGCCCAUUUAGUUACGGCCGUGUUUAUCACACAGACGAUGUGUACGGGGAGGACUAUGUGUCUUUAUCGCCGCACUUCGAGGGUUUAAUGUAGCCAGUCCACUUUCAGCCAGUCCUCCUCAGAAUUUUUCCUCGUGCUUAUUUUCUAUAUUUCUUUAAAUGUUAAUUAAAUAAGUUUGUUAUUUUAGAUCAGGGAUUAAAGAUUGUUAGUAUUUUCUAAAUGUACCAUUUGAACAAUUAGGGAAGGAAUACGUAGAUGGCAAAUGAUGCCUCCGUUUAUUUAUUUAAAUAUAGAAAUAAUCAGGUUCAUGUUCAUUUAUAAAAACUAAAACUCUAGUGUCUAGUCUCAACUCACUGUUGUGUUUUUCUUUUCCUCUGUUUACCAUCAAAUAGGAUCAUAAAUUACAAAACUGACAUUAUUUUCAUUGCAACAGACGAUGAGCUCAGUCUCGUCUACUGAUCCAGUUCUUUAUAAUCAGAAACCUACAUCCAUUUCUUACAUGAACUGCAGAUUAAAGCUUUACCUCAUCAUUGCUAAGUCAAGGCUGUUUCUUCAGACUGGAUGAUACUUUUUUGCCAUGUUAAUACGUCAACCAUUAACUGAGGUGGGUAGAAAACUGCUGCGGUGGAUGAGCACAGACUGAUACCCCACCGCAGCUCCGCUCUGGACUUCUGAAUCCGUCAUGGGGAAAGUCUACUACAUCAGUAAAAAUGUGGGACUCGGGCUGCUUGUCCUGGGGGUCACCGCUUUGGCCACAAUUAUAGCUCUGUCCGCUGUCUACCACAAGGAGAAGGCAAAGAAUCUGGGCAGUCCUGCAGGAGGAUCAUCCAACGACACCAGCACCAGCACCAGCACGGCUGUACCCUCCACCACCACGUCUGCUUCCAAGGAACUGUGGGACCACUUCAGACUUCCAGGCUCUAUUGUUCCCGUGACCUACAACGUGACCCUGUGGCCCAGGCUGACGCCCGACGCCGACGGUCUCUACAUCUUCACCGGACACUCGGUGGUGGUUUUCCACUGCGUGAAAGAGACGGACCUCGUCAUCAUUCACUCAAACAAGCUCAACCUCACCGGCCCCGGUGCUGCGCUGAGGGGCUUGGGUCAUGUGACUGCGCCUGCUAUACAGAAGCACUGGUUUGUUGAAAACACUGAGUAUUUGGUUCUUCAGCUGAGCAGAGGCCUCGCUGUGGGAGCGACUUACGCACUUCACACUGAAUUUCAGGGCGAACUGGCGGACGACCUCCAAGGCUUCUACAGGAGUGAAUAUGAGGAGGACGGUGUGAAGAAAAUUGUCGCUGCCUCACAGAUGCAGGCAACGUUCGCCAGGAAAGCGUUCCCGUGCUUUGAUGAACCCGCCAUGAAAGCUGUCUUCAACAUCACCAUCAUCCAUGACCCCAGCACCGUGGCUCUGUCCAACGGCAAAGACAUUGAUGUUGCUGACACUGUCAUUGAUGGCAUCCCAGUCAAGGUCACCAAGUUUGAGCCCACGCAGAAAAUGUCCACGUAUCUGCUGGCUUUCAUCGUCAGUGACUUCGUCAGCAUCGAGUCCAGACAAAACCAUUUGUUGAUAAGAAUCUGGGGUCGUAAAAAAGCCAUCAACAACGGACAGGGUGAAUACGCUCUCAACGUAACGGGGCCGAUCCUUCAGUUCUACGAGCGCUACUACAACGCUUCAUAUCCACUCUCCAAGUCAGACCAGGUAGCUCUGCCGGACUUUAACGCCGGGGCGAUGGAGAACUGGGGCCUGGUCACGUACAGGGAGACGGCGCUGCUCUACGACCCCCUCGUUUCCUCCAUUUGGAUCAAGAAGAGAAUCACGUCUAUCAUCGCUCAUGAACUCGCACACAUGUGGUUUGGAAACCUGGUGACACUGCGGUGGUGGAACGACCUGUGGUUGAACGAGGGCUUCGCAUCGUACGUGGAAUACUUGGGAACCGACUAUGCCGAACCAACCUGGAACAUUAGAGACUACAUCGUUCAGUACGACUUGCACAAGGUAUUUUUAGUGGACGCUCUGGCCUCCUCUCACCCACUGUCCUGUCCAGAAGAGGAGGUCAGUGACCCGGCUCAGAUCAACGAGAUGUUCGACUCCAUCUCAUACAGCAAGGGAGCGGCUGUGCUCAGGAUGCUGUCGGAGUUUCUCACAGAGCCCGUCUUUGCCAGAGGACUCAGUUCCUAUCUGAACACAUAUGCCUUUGGCAACACGAUCUACACAGACCUGUGGGAUCAUCUCCAGCAGGCAGUGGAUAACACUCCAGGUAUUCAUAUUCCGUGCUCGGUCCAUGACAUCAUGAACAGAUGGACUCUCCAGAUGGGUUUCCCAGUGGUCACAAUUGACACCCGGACAGGAAGAAUCACUCAGAAACACUUCCUGUUGGAUCCAGAUUCGGUGGUGGAGAGAGUGUCUCAGUUCAACUACACAUGGUUUGUCCCAAUUAAAUGGAUGAAGGCUGGCGUAGAGCAGCAACAGUACUGGCUCCUGCAGGAGACAGAUGUCAACAGUCAGAUGAGGGUGUCAGGACAGGACUGGGUGCUGGCAAACACCAACGUGUCAGGAUACUUCAGGGUCAACUAUGACCUGGAGAACUGGGAACGUCUGCUGUCUUUGCUCAACACCAACCACCAGGCUCUAUCAGUCAUCAACAGAGCACAGAUCAUCGAUGAUGCGUUCAACCUAGUUAGAGCCAAAAUAGUGAACACCACGUUGGCCUUGAGAACGACCAAAUACCUGCACAAGGAGAGAGACUACAUCCCCUGGGAGUCGGCUCUGAGAAAUCUCCGCUACUACAUCUUCAUGUUUGAACGCACCGAGGUCUUUGGAGAUCUGCAGGCGUACCUCAAGCAGCGAAUACAACCGCUCUAUGAACACUACCGGACCCUCACGGCCAACUGGACCAAAGUUCUGACGCUCCACACUGACGUAUAUAAUCACAUCACUGUUAUCGAUGUGGCCUGCGUUGUGGGCGUACGGGACUGCAAAGAGUUUGUCAAGACAGUGUACAGAGAGUGGAUGGACAAUCCAGUGAAAAACCCAAUCCAGCCCGACCUGAGGAGCACAAUUUACUGCAAUGCCAUCGCCCUUGGUGGGAUGGAGGAGUGGGAUUUUGCAUGGAGAAUGUUCCAGAACACAACUGUGGCUUCAGAAGCAUCGUUGCUCAGAGGAGCCAUGACCUGCACCAAACUCCCGUGGCUUUUGAACAAGUAUCUGGGCUACACUUUAGACCCGAAUAAGAUCCGCAAACAGGACGCCACGGCCACGAUCCAGCGCAUCGCAUCCAACAUCGUGGGAUUGCCUCUGGUCUGGAACUUUGUCAGAGACAAAUGGAGUUUCAUUUAUGAGCAGUACGGAAAAGGAUCAUUUUCUUUCUCUGGUCUCAUCAGCGGAGUCACCAGAAGGUUCUCCACCGAGUUUGAGUUACAAGAGUUGAAGCGAUUCAAAGAAGACCACUCUGAGGUGGGCUUCGGCUCGGCCACCGUCGCCCUGGAGCAGGCCAUAGAAAAGAUCACAGCCAAUAUCAAGUGGAUGGCGGACAACAAAGACCAAGUGUGGAAGUGGUUGAAAGAAGAGUUGUCAUGAACCUUCAAGAACGACGACGUCCAAAUGGACACGAUCUCCUUUUCUACUGACCGUCAGGGUUGGACUGGAUGAAAACAAACGGAUAGAAAUCACUAUAAUCAGAAAGCAGUGCCUUAACUGAGACUGGACAUCACUGGACGAGAGCUUCAGUGUGAAGGUGCCGCCUCCAAAGAGGAGCAGGUGAUGGAGUGUCCAUUAAAAGCAUUAAAGACAUUUUCGUCUGACAUUUUAUUCUUAUAACCUUUAUUUUUACUGUUAAAAUGUGUUGAGUUUUUUUUUGUUCCCUAUAUUUUUUAUUUUAUAUGUUUUCACCACAACACGAUGCAUUUAAUUAAUAAACAUGAGCCAAUAGUCUGUGUGCGGAACACCAAGCUUUUUUUUUUUGUUAAAAUUUGUGACGUUUCAUUCUAUGUUGACACGUGAUGUUGAAAUCAUUUUUUGCCUUUAUGUGGAAAGAUCGAAAGAUGGGGAAAAAAAGAUCCUGCCAAAUAAAUUAAUCUGAUUUUUAGGGCUCCUUGUUCUUCUUCUUUUCAUUAAUUUUCUAGUGCUGCAGCCAAUCCCAGCAGUCGUCAGGCAGAGUAGAGUGUAUUUACACCCUGGACAGUUGACCAGUUCGUCGCAGAACCAAACAUUCACACUCACACCUACAGAAAAAAUUUAAAUCAAAACCUGUUAAAACUCCUGAAGCUUUACAACAAGUUCAGAUUUAUUUCUGUUUUGUAUUUAUUUUUACCAGACAACAUUCAAAAGGAACUCUAUUUCAAUCCUUAGACUAGAGAGAAGUAGAUUGAUGCCCAGUGGAAAAGACAUCCCCCAGAAUCCUCUGCUUGUGCUGAGACUUGGAGGACAGGAUAGAAAGAACACCUUCUUAUUCUCAUGAUUUAUUUCUCUUGGAAAUCUUCCUUUGUACAGUAUUUACCUGCAUAAAGUUUCAAAUACAUGUCUUGAAAUUCACCGUUGUAGCCAGAAAUAAACAGAACUUGUUGAAACUGAUUAGUAAUGAGAAUAGUUUGUAGUUUUUGCCCCUUAUAGUUGCGUCUGUGAUGCUAAUACUUAUGGCGGAAUGUGAAAGGUUUGCACUGUGACAGGAAACCGGUUGUGAAACAGCUGCUUCGAACAUUUCCACAAAUGGCCAAACUGAGUGGGUCACGGGAUGACUCAUGUAAUCACUUCCAUGCUCCCGCGUUUAUUGUGUUGAUGAGAAUUCAAUUCUCUGUUGUUGUUGUUGUUGUUGACAGCCAAGGAUAUUUGUUUGGUACAAAUUGUUUGGAGUAAUAGCAGUUCGAUUUACAAUGGAAGAAUAAGUUACGUGGUCCCCGCUUUUACGACUUCUUACUACUUCUGUUUCUACCAAUAAAAGUUUGUAAUGUCUUUGUUCAAACCACCCGAUCUCUCAUCAAAUCCUUGUGUGUUUUCACUCUGACUCAUG